AUGACCACCAAUCACUCUGCAGACCAGGCUGGCUCUCAAGAUGAGAUCGUAUCGCCAGACGGAUCCUCCUCUGAGGUGAUGUACAAGGUCUAUAAACGACGCUUCUGGGGUUUGGGGCAACUGGUCUUGCUGAAUAUCAUCGUCAGCUGGGAUUGGCUCACCUUCUCUUCGAUAUCAACGACUGCAUCACAGCAUUUCGGGGUCUCUGAGAGUGCGAUCAAUUGGAUGAGCACCGGCUAUCUCUUUGCCUUUUGCGUUGCCAGCCCAGUCGUGAUCCUCACGCUCAACAAAGGAGGCCCCAAGCCCGCUAUCAUCAUCACAUCCUCUCUCCUGUUAGCAGGUAACUGGAUCCGAUAUGCGGGGACGAGAGCCCGAGGAGGCAUCUUCGGCCUGGCCAUGUUCGGGCAGAUUCUGAUGGGUCUCGCGCAGCCCUUCUGUUUGAGCGCGCCGACCAGGUAUAGCGACCUCUGGUUCUCGGACCGCGGCCGGAUCAGCGCGACGGCCAUGGGUACGCUGGCGAACCCACUCGGGGCAGCCCUAGGCCAGUUUAUCAACUCCUUCUGGGCAACGACCCCGGACGAGGUACCAAACAUGGUGCUGUACAUAUCCAUCAUGGCAACCAUCGCAUCCAUCCCAUCCUUCUUCAUCCCCGGCGCUCCCCCAACGCCGCCGAGCCCCUCCUCCGCCAGUCUCAAAACACCGCUCCGCCCCGGGCUCACCCAGCUCCUCCAGACCCUCGAGUUCUGGCUCAUCCUGAUCCCCUUCUCCAUCUACGUCGGCUUCUUCAACAGCAUCUCCUCCCUGCUCAACCAAAUUCUCGAGCCCUACGGCUUCUCCGAAACCGACGCCGGCAUCGCCGGCGGCAUCCUUAUCGUCGUCGGCCUCGUCUCCUCCGCCAUCAUCUCCCCCAUCACCGACCGCUUCAAGCACUACCUCGCCACCAUCCGCAUCCUCGUCGCCAUCGUCGCAGCCGCCUACAUCGGCCUCAUCUUCGCCCCCGCCUCCCCCGCCGGCAUCGCCCCCGCCUACGUCGUCUGCGCCCUCCUCGGCGCCGCCUCCUUCGGCCUCCUCCCCAUCGUCCUCGAGUACCUCGUCGAAAUCACCUAUCCGUUCUCCCCGGAGAUCGGGAGCACCAUCUGCUGGACCGGCGGCCAGCUGCUCGGCGCCGUCUUCAUCCUCAUCCAGGACGCGCUGAAGGCCUCCGCGGCCGCGUCGCCGCCGCUGAAUAUGCGCAACGCCCUCAUCUUCGCCGCCGUCGUGGCGGCGGUCGCGGCCCCGUUCCCCAUCUGCAUCGGUCUCUUUGGGCGGGAUGUCCGCCGCCGUCGUCUGGAGGUGGACCGCGGCGUGGCGCUGGAGGAUGCGAUGGUUGCGGGACGGGCUGCGGGGGAUCCGGAGCUGGGGCCGACGUCGAAGGAGAUUGGGAAGGUCUCCCCGCCGGCGGAGGCAUCUUGA